AUGUCUCGUACAGUUCUAAUCAACAACAUUCGCGAGUUCAUCUGCAGGCAGGCAGGCUCAUUGGCUGAAGCACCACCAUGUUCAACUUGUUCCUUCAUCCAAGGGACCGACAAGUCCCCUUUUUUCGGUGGUGAAAACAUUGUCUUUGCAUUACAAAACCAUAACGGCGAGGCGAUAUGCAUGCGUAUCCAAAGGAAUGUUACGGAGUGGUCCUCAUACCUAUUGAACAACGAAGCGAAUACUCGAAAAGCCAUUGAGAGCAAGGGAAUCACGGCUUUCCAAAGACUUAUUGACUUCGCUCCCGAGGGCAACUUUCUUAUUAACUCCCCUUUCAUGAUGCUAGAAUGGGUUCAUGGUUGCAAACUUCGAUGGACAGACGAUUUUCCGGUUAAUAUUGAGGAACGAAAUCAAAUUAUUCACGCAAUAGCUAGAGUUACGAUGGAUCUACUCAAAGUACAGAGAAAAGGUGUGUCAGCUAAAGAAUACAUUGAGGCGAAAAUUAAACGCAAGAUUGAACGAGCACAACGUGGUGAGUACAGAGGCGGAGGCGCAGAAGGAUGUCAGAGACAAUUCGAUAUGAUAGGGCGUUAUUGGGUUCCUGAAUUUGACGAUGCCCCUCACGUCCUGGUUCAUGGAGAUCUUGGGUCUAAUAAUAUCAUUGUCGACGAUGAAUGUCACAUUGAAAGGUUCGGAGGGAUUCCUGAUUUCUGGGUGACCUAG